CAGUCCCCGAGCCCCGCCGCGGCGUGGAGCCGCGCUGCCCGCCGCUCCGCCAGCGGCCGAGCCGAGCCCAGCCGAGCCCAGCCGAGCCCAGCCGGGCUGGGCCGGGCCGAGCCAAGCCGGGCCGGGCCGGGCCGGGCCGAGCCGGGCCGGGCCGCGGCGAUGGGCGCUGGGUUGUGAGGGGGGGGGCGGCGAGGGGCGCCCCGGAGGCGGCCAUGGGGAACAUCUCGUCCAACAUCUCCGCCUUCCAGUCCCUGCACAUCGUCAUGCUGGGCCUGGACUCGGCGGGGAAGACGACGGUGCUGUACCGGCUGAAGUUCAACGAGUUCGUCAACACCGUGCCCACCAUCGGCUUCAACACCGAGAAGAUCCGGCUGAGCAACGGCACGGCCAAGGGCAUCAGCUGCCACUUCUGGGACGUGGGCGGCCAGGAGAAGCUGCGCCCGCUCUGGAAGUCCUACAGCCGCUGCACCGAUGGCAUCAUCUACGUGGUGGACUCAGUGGAUGUGGACCGGCUGGAGGAAGCCAAGACGGAGCUGCACAAGGUGACCAAGUUCGCCGAGAACCAGGGCACGCCGCUGCUGGUCAUCGCUAACAAGCAGGACCUGCCCAAAUCCCUGCCGGUGGCCGAGAUCGAGAAGCAGCUGGCCCUGCACGAGCUGACCCCCUCCACCACCUACCACAUCCAGCCCGCCUGCGCCAUCAUCGGCGAGGGGCUCACGGAGGGCAUGGACAAGCUCUACGAGAUGAUCCUGAAGCGGAGGAAGUCCCUCAAGCAGAAGAAGAAGCGGUAGAAGCCCGCAGACGCGUGGACGGGUGGGAAUGCAGACAAAGGAACUGAGGGGGAGAGAGAACCAAAGCGAUCCUGUUUUUUGUGUUUUCCUUUUUUUUUUUUUCGUUCUUUUUUUUUUUUUUUUGUCCCUUUCCAAAUGAAAUGACGACAAUAGCGGAGAUAACAAUACCGCUCCUGCUAGCCAAGCCCAGAUCCUGACUGCGGGAGAGAGCCAGGAUCUCCUUCUCCCGCUCUCCCCCUUGCCCACCACCCUUUCCCUGGUCAGAGGGCGGCAUGGAGCAUGGGGUGGCUGCUGGGCUCAGAGCUGGAGGUGCCCUGAGCCCCCUGGCCGGGCUGGAGAUGUCCUGAGCCCCCUGGCCGGGCUGGAGAUGCUCUGAGCGGGACAAGACGCCGCGGGCGGCCGAGAGCCCGUGGAGCCGGGGUGGCCCCCCCAGCACCCCUCCAUCCUUGUGGGGUGCGGAGGCCAAGGGGUGAACAGGGCAGGACCCUGUUAAAGUGCAUUUGAGAGAGGGCAAACGCGCGCCUGGAGCUUUUAAUGCAAGGUCAGCCGGCGGGGAGGGUGGCUCUCGGCUGCCUGCAUCCCUCGCCGGGGGGCUGGAGCAGCGUAAAAUGGGGGAGAUGGCCGAGAUGGCCGAGGGGACAAAACCUGGAUGAGGGGACAAAAGCCAGCCGAGGGGACAAAUCCAAACCCCGUGGGCUGGUGUUUUUGGGAGUAGAUGAGUGCAGAGCACAAGGGCAGGCAGCCUUCAGUAAUGCCGCAGCGGCUGGGGGUGUGUAGCAGCUGGUGACUGGUGCUGAGCUUUAAGCUGUUUGCUUAAAAAAAAAAAAAAGAAGAAAAAAAAGAAAAGGGUGAAGUGAGGGGCAUCCAGGAGUCUCCGUUCUCAAAGGCUUGGUUGUGGCUUCUCCUGAAGCAAAGCCAUGAGCAGGUCUUCAUUGUGCCCAGGCAUGCUCCAAGGUGCUAAUUUGCUCCAAUAGGGGUGACCCAAAAUACAGAUUACUUUAAAAAAAAAAAAGCUUUGUACACCACUGGGCGGACUGGUCACCGUGCUGCUCUGCGGCUGGUGUGGGAGGCUGGGGCAGCGCUUGUUAAACGGGAGUUUGGGGAGGUUGUGGCAGGACAGACAGCUGCCGGGUGAAAUGGGCAAAGCUUGCAAAACCCUGCAAAAAGAUUGCAAAAUGCAUCAGGAAAAAGGGCCUCGGCAGUGCCGGGAAAACGAUGGGGUGUGGAGAGAGGGGGUGAGGCGGGGGGGAAACAUGGGACAGGGAGGAGGUUAUUUUUUUAUGAAGAUUUAAACCCCAUGGAAAGCAGAGAGCCCCUGGUUGCCAGCAGGUGAAUGUUUGGGCACCGAGGUGGGAUCAGGCCAGGCUGGGGGCCCUGGGGACCGUAAGCCAUUUGCUGUCAGUGUUUUGGCCCAGGAACCAGCUCUCUGCGGGAUAAAAGCAGGGUCCCCGCUCCCCACGUUGCCCACAGACGGGAGGGAGACCCGGGCAGCCCUCGGGGCCAAAUGCCCCGAAUUUGGAGCUGCACAGGCAGGCAGGAGUUUGUGGUGCUUUUUCACCAGCCUUCCUGUUCAAAAACCCUCCCCAAAACAGCCAAGGAAACCACCAAGCAGACAAAGAAAAAAAUGCCCUCAGGUUUCAGGGAGUUGAUUCUCCUCUUGCAGCGAUGAGCGCGGUACCUUUCCAAUGGCAUUUUGUCAGAAAACAAAAGCUGCAGCCAAGCAGUACGUCUCUUUUAUUUUUGCGGGAUUUGAGUUCCUACACGAGUCCUGACUUGUGUGCGGAGCGAGUGGGCUGGUCCCAUCAGCUUAGGAGGCUCUGUUCCUGCUUCGUUGGGUUUCCUUUGCUUUGUCUUCACCCGGAACACUUUGGUACUUGCUGUUGGGAGAGAGAAAAAAAUAUUUAUUUUUGAUGCCACAGAAGCCAAAUGCUUAAACCUUUUUUUUGGUGAGUGACCCGUUCCAGAGGCAAAACACAGAACUCCCUUUGCCCGCCACCUCAAAAGCGAUCAUGGUUUAAAAAGAACAAAUGCAGGUGUUGGUUGUGUGUUUUGCCUCCUCGCCGUCAAGGUGUGGACCUUGGGUCUGCUGGCACCAAGCAUCCCCUUUGAGAUGUGACUGCUUUUUGGCCAAGCUUUCAGGCAUGCGCUUUGCUCGCGUGCUCGAAGGCUCAGCUGAGGCAGGUGGGAUGCUGUCGUGGUGCCAUUCCCACCAGCUCGGCUUUCUGCAAUAAUUAAAAGUACUUCUCCAAUUAGUAGCUAAUGGCUUCCGUGGUAUUUCCGUAACGUUUCACGACUGUGUGCUGAUUUUCCCGUAUGAAGAUGAGCAUCGCCUACGGUGGGCUAGAAGAAGAGGUGCUUCAGGAGAACAGCAGUUAAAGGAAACGGCCCGUGUUGUUGCUCUGAAAACGAGCCGAGCGUUUCGCAAGGUUGUGCGUCCUCUAAAUCUGUUUGAAUGACCCUUUUUUUUAGCAGACAUCAUGAGGUGUGGGUCUCAUUCCAUGAGGUACCUCGCCGUGUGCCCAUCAGUGUUGGGAAAUCCUGCUGCCUGUGUCUUAGCCCUGCCACUGACCGUCAGUCUCUGUCCCUCCUGUCUUUCCUCUUUUUUUAAAAGAUGCAGACAUAAUGCUGUGAACUGAAAUAAAUUAUUUAUACAAUGAAAGGGCCUGAUAAAAAAAAAACAA